AGUAUUUACACAGUAACUAGGAGCUGCAAAACUAAUCAGAGAAGCAGGGGAUGCCAGCAAAAAGCGUCUCCAGAAAAAAAACCCCAAAACAUAUGUCUCCCUUCAAAAGAAAAAUCUGCUUUUUCACAGCUACAACGGAUUGAAAACAAAUUUUGUCAUCAAACGUGGAGCUGUGCCAAAUCACAGGCAGCCAGAAGAAAGCUUUGGCACAAAAAGAGCUUUGGGAGAGAAGCUCUGCUGUUCUCUCCCCUGCUUGCUCACAGACCUGUUUGCCUGGGAGCCCUGCUGUGAUCUCUGCUCCAUCCAGAAUGUCCCCUCUGUCCCCCAGGGCAGCCUCAGGACGCUGCAGCCCUGCCAGGAACUGGGCUGUGCAUGGAAAAGGCUCAGCUGGGACAUGGGCGCCUGCAAAGAGCUUGGACAGCCCAAGAAGGGACAAUUUCAGGGAGCUGGGAGAUUCAAGAGGAUUCCCAGCAGAGCAGGAAAAAUCUCCCUGCUGCCUGCAUGGCCCAGCUCGCUGCCCUGCAGGGAGCAGCUCCUUCUCUGUCCCCUGGGGCAGCAGCACUCCUGUGCCCACGGCUCUCCUGCCUCCCACAUCCCACCUUUCAGCAGCCAGCAAGGCCAGACAUCACAGGCUGGAAGAGCUGUGGGGAAAAUCACCCCAAAAUAAGUUAGAGCAACUUAAGAAGAGGAUCCAGGAGCAGAAGAGAAAGCAGCAAGCAGCUCCCCGGGAGCAGGAGCGCCUGAUUUUUGCUAAAGACCCCCUGCCAAAGAGAGCCCUGAAAAGAAAGGUUUGCAGAGUGGCCUCUGCUCCUCCUGCUCCAGCUCACAGAGACCAAAGAGAGAGAAGCUCAGCAUGGAGAAUUCAAACAGGGCACCAGAGGCAGCUUUCAUCCAAGCCCUGUGUUCUAGAGAGAGCAGUGGCAGGGAAAGGUGUGAAUCUGCCUGGUGUUUCAGCAUGGAGAGAAGGUCAGAAGUUGGCUAGAAGGCUGCUGGGUCCACCCCCUCCACUUCCACAUUUGAGGAGCAGAACUGGAGGGCAGAGCACAGCAAAGACCUUUGAACCUUUGGAAGGAGGUCGAGGUCUUGGGGCAAUGCCAGUGGUGGAAAACAGCUCCAGGGUGAAGGGAACUGAAGCUGUGGGGAGGAGCCCUGGAGCCCAAAGCGCUGUGGUCGCUCCCAGCAAGGCUGAAAGGGGCAGCAGUGCACCCACAGGGGAUACAAACCAAGCACUCAGCAACCUUCUCCUGCAAAGGCACUCCUGUGAGGGGCACAGACCCAUCAGGCUCCCCAGAGAUGCUGUGAAACACCAAUCCCAAGGGAUCCAUUCUCCUUCCCCUGGACUUUCAUUAACAAAAGAUGGAGCCAAGCUCAGCACCUCAGGAAGCUGCAGCAGAGGGAAAAGUGCAUCUCCUCAGAGACAAAAAGGGUCUGAGAAAGAAAACCUUAAGCAAUCUUCAAAGAGAAGGUCAAACCUUAAAAACCCUCACCCCUACAGCCCUGAAAGCAUUCAGGAAUUUAUGUAUCGAAAAAAGGCAGAAAGACAGAAAAAUCUCCUCAAAGAGAAAAAGUCUUUGGCACAGGCUGCGGAGAUGAGGAAGAAGAGGUUGCAAGAGUUGUACAGGAAACAAAAAGAAGCUAUUGGGAAGAAAUCAAGUCCUGAUGAGAUGCACAAACCCAUUGGGAGAACGGGUUCUGCCAAAGGAAAUCCUCAGUGUGAAUUGGAGCAAAGGCAAACCAGUGGGGGAGUACUGGAAAGGAAUUUCACGGCCUGGGUGGAUGAAACAUCCUCUCCUCCACCACCUGAAGAUCACAGAGGCAGGAAUCAACUCCUGGAAACAGCUCAAUCACCUGAAAAAGGAGAAGCAUCAGGUCCUCCAGCACCACUGGAAUCUGAACGCUGGUUUCUCAGUCCUCUGAAAUGUGAAGACUUGAGGGACUGCUCUCCCCCAGCUCUGCAUUCACCUCCUCUGAGCUUUUCUGUUCCUCAGAAAGAUGCAAAACCUUCCUCCAAGGACUCAUCUUUUGGACUUUCUCCACAGAGAAGCAAACAGGAUCGAGUGAGAGCCAUCCACAGUCUGUGCAGGGAACUUGAAGAAAAGAUUGAUGUGGCAAGGAAGAGGCUGAGUGCAGCCAGCUGGGCUAAAGCCUCUGCUGACAAUAAAUCAACAGAGACAGCUCUGGACCUGUACAGUGAUCCUCCUUCUGCCCCAGAACCUGAGACUUCCAGGGACAGGCAAGAGAGGACAAUGACUGCAGAAAUGCUUCUGGACACCACAGACCCUGAAGUGCUUUGUGUGACAUCUGACAGGGAGUGGCAGGGACUGGGCAGCACUGGGGGAACAAUAGCCCCGGACAGACAGAGGGAAAUGCCAACUCCUCUGCCUGGUGGGAAUGCUGAGAGGGAAGGAUUGCCCUGCAUCACUCACAGUGCAGGACAGAGUCACCUCAGCUCUGCAGGAGACCUGAGGAACACCUUGCAAGGUUUCCCAGUGAAUAAGGGCUCCAAGGUGGACAUAAGUCUACUGCAUGAAAAGCCAAUAACCAGCCCAGCCUCUCCAGCUCACAGAUUCCUCACUGGAAGCCUGCAGGGAGAACUCACAGCACGGAGAGAUCAAUGUGGAUGUGAGACUGUUGUGAAAGUUCAGAACCAAGAGGAAAUGGCCAACCCAUCUCCUGGAGAGAGCCUGAGGAUCUGGGACAGCCUGAGCUGCCAGCCCUCUGCCACUCUGAGCACUGGCAGCUUUGAGCAGGACUUGGGUGAGGGAGAUUUUGGCAGCACAGAGCUGGAGGACAAACACAGGAGUCACCUGAACAUUUUGAGGCAAACCUCCUUACUACUGGCUCACAAACUGAAGCUCCAGCAGCAGCAGCAGCAACAUCGGCUUCUGGUGCUGAGGGAGAAGGCAAAGCAAGAGGUUGAGGAAAGCCACAGGUUUCUGAGGGACCUGCUGCAGCUCUGCUCAGAGGACAGCAGGAAUUCCAAAGGCAGUGAUCCUCCUGUGACAAGACCUUACCACGCAGAGCAGGCACAGAGAGGACACUGGCUGGAAGGUCAUCUUGCUGCUGGCAGCUACAGGAGGUAGGCUACAGCGAGGCACUUCAAGGAUUUGGCCUGUAGUUUGAUUAUAUUAAUAUUUUGGGGCACUAAAGUAAUUGCUAUAUAGUGUUUUUCACUCUGAUUUAUGCCCGAACUACAGGAUUAACACCUUUUCACCGUUGUGGGAGAUCUUGUACUUUUGAAAAAGUAUAAACCCCUCUGAAACUUGUGUGAAAAGUAUAAUUUUCUUCAUUUUGCUUUGCUAUCAUACCCUUGAUAUAAAUUGGAACAUUGUAUGUGCAUUUUUUAAGUUCAUUUAAAGUGGCAUAAAGAUUUGAGAAUUGCUUCCAGGGUCUUAUGGAUGCAAUUACCAGAAAGGCACCUUUGCACAGGUAAAACUUUCAGUAUUACAUAAAAAUGAGUAGCAUUCUGCUUUGAAGAGAUUCAAUCUCCAUGGAGGACUUGGCUGUGAAAGCAAGGAAUUGAAAUAAUAUCUCUGACUGCAAUAAGAAAAUAUUUCCUUUUUCUUACCUUCAGUAAUCAAGAGAUGGGUUCACAGAGACACUCUACAUUGAAGAUAGACAGAGAUCCCAGUCUAGUAGAUCCUAAAAUAUUGGAAGAAAGAAAACCUUUAGGAGAAGGAGGCUCAUGUUGCUCAGUGCUUCAAGGAGGUGAACAUAAUGUUAAAGGAUUUAGUGGUAUUGGGAAAAAUGCCCCAUUCAACCUGGUCUGGAACACAAUUUUCUAACUAAUUUUUGAAAAUUUGGACCCAAAUAUUUGUCUAUUAUGCAUAUUUAAACUAUGGCCAUCUUCCUUUGCACUCCUGGCCCUGCUAAAACAAACAUGUUGGGAGCUGAGAGUUAUUUACCCUAUUGAUGGGCCCCUUUAAAAUUUUUACCUGUUUGCCAUGAUUUCACUUGAAAGGGUUGAUGUCCAUGCCUUGCUCCUGGAAGUGAACAGCUGAGGAAUGACUUCUCCAGCUCCUGCUGAGGGCGGUGCAUGGGCUUGGCUGACAAAUAUUUGCCAAAGGCACCUUGAGUUCAGAUAUGGAUGUUAACUUGUACUGGGGGAGUUGGUUUUUUUGGGUCUUUUUCUUUCAGAUAUUUUAGUUUUGGUGACAUUAACUCUUUGCUUGGGGAUGUCUGCCAGCAGAUCCCAGGCAGUCACAGCACAUCCAUCACACCUCGAAUUCACCUUGGGUGAAUCCAACCGAUGGGGAGAGCAGUGACCAGGCCCGUUCUGACAGCCAGCACAGUGCAGCCGUUCCACGCUUCGGAGGCUCCAGCACCUUCCAUGGUUGCAGCCUGGCCGUGGUGGAGCAGGGCCUGAGGGCAGAGGAGCUGCGGGCUCGGUGCCAGGCAGCGCUCCUGCAGCUCCGGAGAAAGGCUCUGCGGGAGAGGGCCAGGGCCGAGCUGGCCUGGCUGGGCCACCGCAGACGUGUUCUGGAAAACCUGCAGGAUAGUACUGGAGCCUCUGCCAUGGCAGCAAAGCAGCACAAAAUCCUGAUGGAGCUGAAAUGGGAGCAGGCAGAAAUCCAGCACCUGAAAAACAUCUACAGGGCAGCCCAUCAAGAAAGGAAGAUUUUAUUAAAGCAGCAGAGAGAAAUCUUAAUGAUGCAGCAUUCAACAGCACAACUCCAGGAAAAGCUGCCCAGUUUGGCUGGAAAGCAGGAGGUUAUGAAGUCAGGGAGUAAACACAAUUGUGUCCAGCUAAAUCAUAAAAAGAGCAAGAAAUAUGAGGGGCAAGUAAAGCUUUUCUCUGUGAUUGCUGUAGGCAGGACCAAAUUCAGUGGAGAAGUUGGAGACAGGCAUGUUCUAGAUAAUUGUGUGAGCUUUAAAUACUCCAAAAAGGAAGUGUAUGGUGAUAAAUUUUUUAAACUUCUGUGUUCAAACAGUUGAUAAAUCAAGAUCACUGCUUAUCAUUCUGUCCCAAAUGGUGAGUUCCUCAGGGCACCUUUAAUGAUGCCACACAACUGCUAAUGAUAUUUCAUGCUUUCAUGGUGGCUUUUAACUACAAACCCAAACACUUUGCAACUAUAUAUUAAUGAGGCUUCACAAUACCCAUAUGGAAUGAGUAGAAAUGUAUUGAUUUAAUUGGGGAAAUUCACUCCUUUUUCACCCUCUACUUUGAGCCUCUGCAUCACUCAGCCCUUCAGAACUGCU